AGGAAAUAGAUGACCUAAUAGAAGUUAUUAGCAAAAACUCUACGAUGACUUCAUUAGUUCUUUUAAAUAAUUGUUUUGGUUUUAAAGAAGUGAAAACUCUAGCAGAAACUAUUCAUAAGACUACUACUCUAACUUCAUUGCAUUUUUAUGAAA